AACCGAAAUUCUAUGUUGCCGACUAACGACACCUUGCAAAUAACCGAACUAAUUCUUGUGGCAAAAGCCACCAAAACGGUGCCGUGUACACCUCGCCUUCCUCAUUAGACUUCCAUGAACCCCAGUCCCUUGUAGCUGAUAUUCAGUAGAAAAGAAUCUAGCACAAAAUGGUGCUUAACCCCUAUAAUUUCUUGCCCCAGAGGUUUCUCUUGAAUUCAAUUAAGAAUCGCUCUAUACAGACCCUGAAUUCGUAUAAAAGGUUUAUCACACCUAAGCGCUUCCAUUCAGCCAGCUGCAUGAGAUCUGCUAGAAAGACUAAUGAUCAGCCUUUAUUAACUGGACCAUCCCCAACACCAAAAUCUUGGAACCCUUAUAUAUUACCUGGAGCUCUUUUGGGAGGAUUUGGUGGACUGAUCCUUUUUCUUCAUUAUAAUGAUGAAAGGAGAGCAAUUCCAAAAGGUCAAGGCGAGAAAUUUGAAAGAAGUGCAAUCCAAGGGCCAAUAAUUGGAGGCCCCUUCAGUUUAAUUGACAUAGAAGGUCGUGUGGUAACGGAGCGCAACUUGCAUGGAAACUGGGUUCUUCUCUAUUUUGGUUAUACUUCAUCUCCUGAUGUUGGUCCAGCAGAAGUCCAGAAGAUGGCUAAGGCUAUUGAUAUUCUAGGGUCAAAACAGGAUCUUAAAAUUCUCCCAGUAUUUGUCACAAUUGAUCCUCAACGCGAUACGCCUUCACAACUUCGAGCUUAUCUUAAAGAGUUUGACCCAAGAAUAAUGGGAUUAACUGGACCAGUUACUGCUGUUAGACAGAUGGCACAAGAAUACCGAGUGUACUUUAAGAAGGUUGAUGAAGAAGGAGAUGAUUAUCUGGUGGAAUCUUCUCACAACAUGUAUUUGGUGAAUCCAAAAAUGGAAGUAGUUAGAUGCUUCGGCGUGGAAUACAAUGGGGAGGAACUGGCGAAUGCAAUUGUCAAGGAGCUAAAGAAAGCCGAAACGUAGUGAUACUCCGGGGUGAAUUUGGCAGAUUAAGUCAAUCUUGCUUCGGUGCAUGUCGCUUCUGAGCAGCCAGAAGUUCAAUUUUGGUCCAUCAUCCUGGACUUUUAUCUGAGUUUGCUGAGGUGGGCUAAUUGUCUGUCAACAAUUUAGUAGUUUCGAAAAAGUUUUGAACAGAAAUUUCUCUGAUGCUAAGACGUCAGAUGCUGGAAAAAAACUAGCAAUCCCUUCAGAUAAAGGAAAUUGGUUCUGGUACAUUUUCUCUGAGAGAUUGUUAAUUCUUCUAUUAUCCUUUCCGUCCCCUUUCAAAAUGAAUUGGUAAUACCUGUUCCCACUUCCCACCUCUUUCUGUUCUGGGCCUAAUGAAUUUUGACUUGGUCGAUGGGUAAUGCGAAGUAGGUGGUUGGUUGGUUGCA